AUGGCGGCGCGAGGGGUGACGGUGGUGUUUGGCGAGGAGCGGUUCAAAAUGGAAGUGGAGGUCGAUAUGGGCGUGGAGGUGAGGCGAAAGCCUGCUGUGAAUCGUGCCAUCCACACCCCUCCCCCCUUCCCCCUUUCCGUCCAUCCCUGGCCGUCCAUCCACGCGCAGGUGGUGCAGAUUCAGAUCUUCUCGCUCGCAGUAUGCUCCUGCUGCACAAUAAGGGGAGGAGGGGCGGAAGGGGGGACGGGGGCGGAGGCGGCGGAAGGGGCGGAGGGAGAGAACGGGGCGACAGGGGAGGGGGGAGAGGAGGGUGGUAAGGGGAAGAGCAGCAGGGAGGACGAUGAGGAGCUUGCAAGGCGACUACAGGAGGAGGAGGAGGCAGCAUUGGCAGAGCAGAUACAGCAGUCAGAGGUACAUGCCAUGCACACCAUGCUGCAGCAGCUGAGAGGUGGGCAGCUGAGGGGGCAGCAGCAGCACGGUCAAGCGGUGUUGGAGGGGCGACUGCUGUCACUCUGGAGAAAUGUCAUGCAGUAUGAGGACCCAUCACGCCAGGACAAGGCGCACUCGUUCAUUCCCCUGCAGCAGCACGAGGAGGCCGCUGCAGUCUCCCGUGCUAAGGUCCGCUCCUCAGUAGGCAUGGGGCAGGGGCUGGGGCAUGGUCAUAGGCCUUCCCUCGCCCUUCUUCUCCCGCUUUUCCCUCCAUGUGGCUCUCUUGCUCUGGAUGUGCGCGUGGUGGGGUUGGGUGUCGCUCUCAGGUGCAAGCAGUGCAGCACGGUGGCUCGCCUCGUGCGAUACAACGACCCUGCCAAGCUCCCGGACACCAGGGAGGGCCGCUGUGGCGAGUGGGCCAACGCCUUCACUCUCUGCUGCCGGGCUCUGGGCUAUGAUGCCAGGCAGGCAGUGGAUUGGACAGACCAUGUGUGGACUGAGUGCUACUCGCACGCGAAGCAGAGGUGGGGCAAGAAGCUGACAUACGUGUUUGGAGUGGGGAGCACUCUCCCGUCGAAUCAGCUCCAACACAGGCGAAGAGAAGCAUCGAAGGCAUCUGUAGCAGCUGUUGCAGCAGCAGUGGCAAUGCUCCAACACAGGCGGACAGAAGCAUCAGAGGCAGCUGUAGCAGCGGCAGUGGCGGCGGUGACAGCAAGGGCUCGAGCCAGCCUUGGUGUGAAUGAGAGGAGGCGGUUGGAGGAGAGGGAUGCUAGGGAGAGAGAGGAGCUGAGCGGAGUGAGGGGAGGAGGGGAGGAGAAAAGAGCGGAGGGGGGGGGAGGGAUGGUGUGGUGUUGGGAGGGAGGCAGACCGUGCGAGUGGCAGCAACGAACGAGGGAGCAGCAAGCGUGGCAGCAGCAGCACACAGGAGAGUCCUAUCUCUGCCGCAUCACCCCUGCUGUCCCUCCUGACUGCCAUGGGGAUUCAAAUCUGGAAGGAGAAGGAGGGAGAGAACAAGGGGAGUGA